GUUGGGGGCAAAGGAGGCGUCGGGAAGACGACGUGCAGCUGCUCUCUGGCCAUCCAAUUGUCUUUGACCAGAGAGUCAGUCCUCAUCAUCAGCACAGACCCCGCGCACAACAUUAGCGAUGCCUUUGACCAGAAGUUCUCCAAAGUGCCCACUCCUGUGCGGGGCUUCAAGAAUCUGUACGCAAUGGAAAUCGACCCCAACUUAGGCACCGGUGAACUGCCCGAUGAGUUCUUCUCGGAGUCGGAUCCCAUGCGAAUGAGUCGGUCUAUGAUGCAGGAGCUGUUGGGCGCCUUUCCCGGCAUCGAUGAGGCGGUCAGCUAUGCAGAGGUCAUGAAACUCGUCCGAUCGAUGAACUUCGAGAUUGUCGUCUUCGAUACGGCGCCUACAGGUCAUACGCUUCGGUUGCUGUCAUUCCCGGCAGUCGUUGAGAAAGGUUUGGGAAAAUUGUUACGAAUUAAGAACCAAUUGGGACCCAUGGUUACCAGCGUGGCCUCCAUGUUGGGAAUGAAUGACUUGAACGCAGAUGCGAUGAACAAUAAAAUAGAGGAAAUUUUGCCGAUUAUUAAGACAGUGAACGAGCAGUUCCGAGACCCCAAUCAGUGCACAUUCGUGUGCGUCUGUAUAGCGGAGUUCCUGUCCCUCUAUGAGACCGAACGGCUGGUCCAGGAGCUCACCCGCGCCAACAUCGACACCCAUAACAUUAUUAUCAAUCAGCUCCUCAUGCCUAAGAAUGGCGACACCGGCUGCACGAUGUGUAGGGCCAGGACUAAGUUGCAGAACAAGUAUUUGGAUCAAAUCAAUGACCUCUACGAAGACUUUCAUUUAACCAAACUUCCACUUCUCGAGGAGGAGGUCAGAGGUGUCGACAAAGUCAAGUCUUUCAGCAAAAAUCUGAUCCAACCCUACAAACCAUAACUAACAGCCAAAUCUGUUGCGACUAUUUUAUGCUAAAGUAAUUCAAUUUUAUUCAAUUGUUUUCAUGAAAAGUCCACAUAUUAUACAGUAAAACCAAGUUUUGCUUUUUAAUCUAAAUAUCAAUUUG